AUGCGGAGCUUCCUAGAGCGAUUCUCGACCGCCGAGAAUGUUCUGAAGGCGUCACCGGCGUCGACGCCGCCGCCACCUUCUGAGAAGAGUCCGGCGGCGUCGAUCGUCGGCAAGGCCUGCGUCAAGCUCCGUUGGUUCUGCCUCCAGGCCUUUCAGCCCGCCCAGGAGCACGACGAUUUUCGGUGAGGGAGUAGUUGAUUUUCUCGAAAGUCCUUUGAAUCGUCUUCCUACCGGCUUACCACGAAAGUACUGUAGUAUUACGGUAGCUUGGAGUACUGUAGUAUAAGGGUAGUAUCACUGUAGUUUGGAGUACGGUAGUCUCACUUCCUACGCACUAGUGCUCUCGAUUUAUUAGGAACGUCGGAGUGGUUCGUAUUACGGUAACCCAGAGUACUGCUGUACUACGGUAACUCGGAGUACUGUAGUAUUACGGUAUUAUUACUGUAGUUUGGAAUACUGUAGGGUAGCGUACCAGGGGGACUUCAUUCUACUGCUCACGAUUUCUUAGGAACGGCAGAGUGAUGGUAUUACGGUGACUCGGAGUACUGUUGUAUUACAGUAGUUUAGAGUACUGUAGUCUUACUGUCUACAUACUUCUGCUCUCGAUCAAUGAGGAAUGCCAGAUUGAUCGUAUUACGUUAGUUUGAAGUACUGUAGCAUUACGGUCACUUGAAGUACUGUAGCAUUACGAUAACUUGAAGUACUGUAGCAUUACCAUAACUUGGAGUACGGUAGUAUUACUGUAGAUUGGAGUACUGUAGACUUGCGGUCUACACACUACUGCUUUCGAUUUAUUAGUAACGCUAGAGCGGUCGUUUUACGGUAACUUGAAUUACUGUAGUAUUACGGUAAUUUGGAUUACUGUAGCUUCGUAUUACGGUAACUUGCGUCAGACCCCUUAAGUGGUUUUAAUGAAUUCUCAGACACACUGAAUUAUUUUUGUUCCUCUAAAUUUUUUUGAACAAUUUCUGAAACUGGAAACUUGGAGAAAAAAAUAUGAUUUUUUUGAAAUUGUGUUUUCGGUAAUUUUUUUAUAUUUUGUUUGUACUACUACCACAACCAUCUUGAUGAAAAUUCAUAAUUUUUUUGAAACUGCGAGAUUGAGAAGAGAUUUUAUAUUUUUUUGAAGGGUCAUAUAACUUUAAAUCUUUUUUUCUGCUUAUUUUUUUGAAAAAAAGUCGAGACUUUCUCAGCUUUUUUUCAGUAGCUAGGUUGUUCAAAAAAAUCUUUCUAGCCGGAAAAAGACUUUUUUAUAAAAUUUUUGAAGUUUGGAAAAGUUUCUAGUGGCCUCUUCAGGGUCCUGAAACUUCAGUGGCCACGUAAGGAGUUAGUGACUUUUUUAGAAGUCUAAGGGAUACUACUAGACCACUAAAAACUACUAUAGUGGCCACUGAGAAGCAAAGUAGUGGCUUCUAUAGAGGUUGUUUUUGUGGUCGCUUAAGUUUCCUCUCCAAGUGGUCCUUGGGAAACCGCUCAAGUGACCACUAAAGCUUUUCCCAGUAUGCCAAGCGUUUUAGUGGCCACGUAAGUGGUUAGUGACCUCUUCAGAAUUUUAGAGGGCACUUUAGGGAUCCUACGGGGAAACUACUAUAGUGGUCACUUUAGUGUCCUUGAGGAGCCCCUUAAGUGACCACUAAAGAGUUUCCAGUAUGCCAAGCGUUUUAGUGGCCACGUAAGUUGUUAGUGACCUCUUUAGGAGUUUAGAGGGCCUUUUAGGGAUCCUACGGGAAACUACUAUAGUGGCCGCUUAAGUGUCCUCUUCAAGGAGUCCUCAAGGAACCCCUUAAGCUUUUUCCAGUAUGCCAUUCUUACCCCUAGUUUUGAAGCUCAUCCUGCAAAAAGACAGCCAAAAUCCACGGGGGACCUCCAAUCCCAGGCGAGUACUUUGGGCCACUGACGCGUUUUUCGCCUUUGAACUAAACGCCUCGAUUUUGGGGGGAAAGAGAGAGCAUGAGUAUGUCAUGUCAUGUCAAAACAAGGACUGCACGAAAAUGACAUUCGGCUCAUUGGGAUUUCCCCGGGACCCCCCAAAUCCAAUUUUUCGGCCCUCGCGCCAAAUCAGGGCCCCCCUUGAAUACGCAGCAAUUAAGCCGCUUUCGGUGAGGGUGCUUCUCGUAAAACGAUCACCUGGUUGAGGGAUUUCCGUUGGUGGCACCUGCCGACGGCGGUUGUUUACCUUGCCUUCGGCCCGCCCGAGGAAAAUGGCUGUCAUUAG